UCAGGCUCUUUAAUAUUUUAACACGAAGCAUGGCAUAGUACACUCAACCGUCCGAUAAUGGAAGCCCCACCAGUGUCCUAUGAUAAACUCGACUACGCCAACUUUUCCUGGUCCCUCGUUGUGAUGCUGUAGUCACAGCAGCGAGCGCGCGCAAUUACGCAACACCCCCGCCUGUCCUGUGCGCUAUAACCGGAUCAGCGUCUCUCCUCAGCUCCAUCGGUCCUGCACCCAACCUGACACCGGCCAUCUCUCAGCACACAGACGGUCUUGUGACUCCAGCUCACUCCAGUCACCAUGGGAAAGGAGAAACUCCACAUCAACAUUGUUGUGAUCGGCCAUGUGGACUCUGGAAAGUCCACCACCACAGGCCACCUCAUCUACAAAUGUGGGGGUAUCGACAAGAGGACCAUCGAGAAGUUUGAGAAGGAAGCUGCUGAGAUGGGAAAGGGGUCAUUCAAGUAUGCCUGGGUGCUGGACAAGCUAAAGGCAGAAAGGGAGCGUGGAAUUACCAUAGACAUCUCACUGUGGAAGUUUGAAACCAGCAAGUACUAUGUGACCAUCAUUGAUGCUCCGGGUCACAGGGAUUUCAUCAAGAACAUGAUCACUGGGACCUCACAGGCAGACUGUGCCGUGCUGAUUGUGGCGGCUGGUGUUGGAGAGUUCGAGGCAGGCAUUUCCAAGAACGGCCAGACCCGUGAGCACGCCCUCCUGGCCUACACUCUGGGAGUUAAGCAGCUCAUUGUGGGCAUCAACAAGAUGGACUCCACUGAGCCAAACUACAGCCAGAAGCGCUACGAGGAAAUUGUGAAGGAAGUGAGCACCUACAUCAAGAAGAUUGGCUACAAUCCAGACACUGUUGCCUUUGUACCAAUUUCAGGCUGGAAUGGAGACAACAUGCUUGAGCCCAGCCCAAAUAUGACAUGGUUUAAAGGAUGGAAGAUCACCAGAAAAGAAGGCAAUGCAUCAGGGACGACGCUACUGGAGGCUCUGGAUGCCAUCCAGCCCCCGUCUCGUCCAACAGACAAACCUCUACGUCUACCCCUGCAGGACGUGUACAAGAUUGGAGGUAUCGGCACUGUGCCUGUAGGCCGUGUGGAAACUGGUGUACUCAAGCCUGGCAUGGUGGUGACCUUUGCACCCGUAAAUGUGACGACCGAGGUGAAGUCUGUGGAGAUGCACCAUGAGGCGCUGACUGAGGCCCUCCCUGGUGACAAUGUGGGCUUCAACGUCAAGAAUGUCUCAGUCAAAGAUAUUCGCCGUGGCAAUGUGGCUGGUGAUAGCAAGAACGACCCACCCCAGGAGGCCGCCAACUUCACUGCUCAGCCAUCUAUCUUGUCUCAUCACUUUGAAGGUGAUCAUCCUCAAUCACCCCGGCCAGAUAAGUGCUGGUUACGCUCCUGUGCUGGACUGCCACACAGCUCACAUUGCCUGCAAGUUUGCAGAGCUCAAGGAAAAGAUUGAUCGGCGCUCUGGCAAGAAGCUGGAGGACAACCCUAAAUCCCUCAAGUCUGGAGAUGCCGCUAUUGUGGAUAUGAUUCCUGGCAAGCCGAUGUGUGUCGAGAGCUUUUCUGAGUACCCUCCACUUGGUCGCUUUGCAGUGCGUGACAUGCGGCAGACCGUAGCCGUUGGUGUGAUUAAGGGCGUGGAGAAGAAGGCCUCCACCACUGGUAAAGUUACCAAGUCUGCCCAGAAGGCCCAGAGGAACAAAUGAAUGUUGUGCUACUCUGCCGACCCCAAGGUCUCCCACGGCAGGACAUCGGUCAUCCAACUCCAUCCUACAAUUGGCUGCUUCAACGUAAUUAUCAAAGACUGGUUAAUCAUCACAAUGCAUCGCAAAAGCAUUCGAAGGAAAGAACAACAUUUAGAUCUGAAAUCCUUGAGGCGGCACUCUUGACUCCAUUUAAGUGAUUAGAUUACCAUAACGUUCAAUGUAAUAUCAAACAGGUAGUUUUAAUCGUGCACUGUUGAUUUGAUUCAUGGCAAUACCUUUCUGUGAUAUUAAGACAUUGAGCUAUUAGAGGUACUGAAAUUUAUCAACCCUCUAGCUAUUUGGAGUGCAGGCACUGGUCUGUUUAUAUGGUACAUGUUGUCUUGCUUUUAGUGUUUGUUUGCAAAUACAAGGUGCUCUUUAGGAGCCGUAGGCAAGAAAUUAGACUAUAUUCUUCUGAGAAGUAGAUUAGUAGAUCUUUGUGAUUUGUCAUGUUAAAGCUUUAAAAAAGCACUUCGAACUAAUGUUUCAAAUGUAUCCUUCCCAGGGGACUCUAAGGAGACCCCCUGUUGAAUCUUAGAGCACUUUAAUUGGAGUUUUGCUAACUUUGCACUUGCACUGGAGAAGCUUAAAUUGGCAUAAGCUACUGCACCUUACUGUAAGAUGGCAUGAGCCUCUUUGCAACAUUAAACAUGUUUCAACCAAGAACCUUUGGCUAGGGUCUUGAAUCAUUUUUCAGAGUGUGGGGUAAAGUGGCAGGUCAAUCAAAUCCCUUGAACUUUCAAAUCAUGUAAGGUCAGACAAACACUAAACGUCCCUGCAUUACAUAUCUUUGUCCACAAGAUGUAGCUGUUUGUCAAUGUAUGGCAUGUCGACUUGUUAAGGGGUGUGUUCUCAGAGACAUGCCGGAAACAUUUGUAGUUUAUCUCGGACAGAGCAGUUGUAUUAUUUCAUUGCAUCAGCAUGACUGGUAGAGGGAGACCACGCAAGGCAAAGAGCCUUGACGAGAGUAAAACCAGCCCGGAGAACUUGAAACCACCAACUCUGCCCAAAAGUUCAGAGAAGGACUUUUCACAAGAGAAGAAGAAUGACACAGCAAAGGCACGGACGCCAAAGGAGCAAAAGACGACAAGCCAAACUGCAGAGAAGCCACCUGUACUGAGCCCACAGAAGGAAACCACCAGUCAUCAAAGGACACCUGUAGCUACCACAAAAGCUCCUGCAAAAACCACAAAACCAAAAACUUGUACUGACAAGGCAAAAACAACUCAACAAUCUGAUGAGGGGAUAAAAAAGACGCAGCCAGAGACACCAAAGGAUACCAAGAAGGCUUUGAAAGAUACUACAAAAGAAAAGUCAUGUAAUAAAAAAGAAAGACCAUCACUCAAGUCUUUGGAGGAGACCACAAAGAUGCAGCCUGUGGCACCAGAGACCAUCAAAAAGGAUUCAAUAAAAGGCAAAACAGCAGUGGACUCUGUCCUCCACAAAACUCUGGAAAAGUUGAAGAUUAAGAAGAGAGAACAAUCAGAUGCAUCAGUAGUUGUCAAUAAUCUGAUUGACAAUAUAAUUGCACAUUUGAAGAACACCCAAUCUUUUGCAAAAGUAGAAGCAUCACUACGUACUGGAAGUUACUACGAAAAUCUCAAGGUAAGUCUGUCAUGUCACUGUUCUCAAAAAAGCACUAGGUUUAAUUUUGUCCAGGAUUAAGGGCUAGUCGUCAACAAGUGGCAUCUAGCACUCAGAAUAAAAUGUUUCAGUAUGUGUUUAUGUAUACAGAUUUCCAGUCCUGAUGAGUUUGAUGUGAUGCUGCCCAUUCCUGUUGACCGGGUGAAAGUUGAACCCUUUGGAGAUGAUGGAGCCUUUUACAGUGUGGGCCUGAAGCGGAGCAGCGGCCCUUUGCAGAAGUUCCAAGAGGCCGACACUUUAUCUGCCAGCGAAAUGCUUCGCGAAUUCAGGGAGGAAGUGAAGAAAUGUGCAAAGAAAUAUCCAGAAUGGGAGCUGACCAAAAAGAAAAAAGGCUGCCCUGCUGUGACCCUGAACACCAAAGUGAAUUCAGUCACCAUUUCACUAGACGUUGUUCUCAGUAUAGUAGUUAAAUCAACCUGGCCCUCUUUCACCAAAGAUGGCCUUCGAAUAGAGGGAUGGCUGGGCACAAAAGUAAGGCGGGACUACAGGUUGAAGCCAUACUAUCUUGUCCCAAAAUACGAAGGCAGAGGCAAUGUGGAGAAUGAUGGCGUUCUUGCAAAGG